UACAUACAUAACCCCGGAUAAAAAGUAUUUUCAGAAGUGUGUAAAAUAGUAAACAUGUACUUUAUAUUGGAUGUUGAGCCUGAGAGUGAGAGCGCUUCCUCUGCCGCUUCGGGGCAUUUAGGCCCCGCCCAUUAUGCUAAUUAAGGCUCUCAUUGGCGCGUCGUGGAGAACGCGCGCUCUGAUUGGCCAGGUCGAAGCCAUUUAUUCUCUGACAGCCCAGUCACAUGAAUGGUUGUCUAUUAACUUGUCCAAAAACUAUCUGGAGUUGUCAAGGCUCAGGCGGACAGAGCAGCGAAAAAGUGCAGAUUGUUGAUGCUUUUUCCACCAAGCGGGAGAAGUUUUUGUGGACACAACAUCGCGGGGACCUUUUUGGGAAAAGCCUCUCUUGUCACACACACUCACACGCUGACUCUGUGACACACACUCACUCGGUGGGGAAAGGGAGAGAGAAGGGAGAGUGUGUGGAGACGCGACUUGAUGCUUGUUUUUGUCCAGAGAAAAGUUGCAGAGAAGAUCGACAGGUAACUUUUUCCCUCUCCUGCCUCCGUCUGCCUCCGGCUGCUGGAGUUUGUCCCCUUCCUCUUUUCGGCUCGGAAGCUCCAAACUGAAAGCUGUUCCUCAUGUAUAACAUGAUGGAGACUGAACUGAAGCCCCCAGCUCCCCAGACCAACACGGGGGGCACGGGCAACACCAACACCCCGGGGAACGGCCCGAACCAGAAAAACAGCCCGGAGCGGGUCAAGAGACCCAUGAACGCGUUCAUGGUGUGGUCCCGGGGCCAGAGGAGGAAGAUGGCGCAAGAAAACCCCAAAAUGCACAACUCCGAAAUCAGCAAGAGGCUGGGCGCCGAGUGGAAACUUCUGUCGGAGAGCGAGAAGAGACCGUUCAUCGACGAAGCCAAGCGGCUGAGGGCCCUGCACAUGAAGGAGCAUCCGGAUUACAAAUACCGGCCCCGGCGGAAAACCAAGACCCUCAUGAAGAAGGACAAGUACACCCUGCCCGGCGGGCUGCUGGCCCCUGGAGGAAACGGGAUGGGGACUGGGGUCGGCGUGGGAGUGGGGGCCGGACUGGGCGGUGGGGUGAACCAGCGGAUGGACAGCUACGGGGCGCACAUGAACGGCUGGACCAACGGCGGCUACGGGAUGAUGCAGGAUCAGCUGAGCUACCAGCACCCGGGGCUGAACGCGCACAAUCCGGGCCAGAUGCAGUCCAUGCACCGCUACGACAUGAGCGCCCUGCAGUACAACUCCAUGACGAGCUCCCAGAGCUACAUGAACGGCUCCCCGACCUACUCCAUGUCCUACUCCCAGCAGAGCACGCCGGGGAUGACCGCGCUGGGCUCCAUGGGGCCCUCCUCGGUGGUCAAGUCCGAGUCCAGCAGCUCCAGCCCGCCCGUCGUCACCUCUUCGUCCCACCGGGCCGCCCCGGGCUGCCAAAGCGGCGACCUGAGGGACAUGAUCAGCAUGUACCUGCCGGGGGCCGAGGUGAGCGACCAGAGCGCCCAGAGCAGGUUACACAUGUCCGGGCACUACCAGAGCACCGUGCCCGGGACGACGAUCAACGGCACGCUGCCAUUAACUCACAUGUAAGAGACUCGGAACCCAGUAAGAGAAGAAGAAGAAGAAAAAACAACCCGAACUUUUAUAAGAGAAACUCUGGACUACUUAACGUUGGACUAUUUUUGUACAGAAAAAUUUCGGGGUGGAAAAAGUUGUAUAGAAGUCUCCAAGAAAAAGGAAACCACUCUUUUUUUUCUCUCUUUCAUUUAAUAAGGAAGCUCUAGAGGAACGGUAGGAGACCCCCUUCACCGCCGGUGAAGUUUGGAAAUCUAGAAAGUGGGAGUCGCAAUCAAAUGUUUUAUUAUUGCAAUCACCUUUUGUACAGUAUUUAUCAAAGAAACAUUACAAUCAGAUGAAAUUGUUAAACUGCAAGAGGUUGCAAUUUUUAUAUAAAGCAACGCCAGUUCUGCAGAAAAUAUUAAAAGGUGAAAAUGGCAGAACUGGGAUUAUAUGCUCCUUAAUUACUGCAAACAUUGGAAAGAAAGGGGACAUAAGCAGGUAAUACUGUUAUUUUUUUUUCUUUUAAAGGUCAAUAUUACUAAACUUUUUUUUUCUUUCAAUUUUCUUUUACAAGAACAUGACACUUUUUCCUGUCAUAGGUUGUUAAUUUAUAUUUCCGUCUCCCACUUCUCAUCUGUUAGGGAUAUGACGCUUGUGCUCUUUAUUUUCUAAUUGAUUUGUACAGUUUCUGUAUAUUUACUGUGACAUUUUAAGUUUUUAUUUCCAAAUCCAUUCCCGUAGUUGUAUUUUUUAAAAGAAUUGUGGCCUGUACGCAGAAGCCAACCACUCCAUGUAUAUAUUACCGGAACUAAUACCAUCCUUAUAACAGUUACAAUUUCAGCUGAGUAUAUAUAUUUUUUUUCAAUAUGCAGUUUGAAAAAUGAAUAAAUUUUUUGAAAUUUGGA